AUGCACUGGCGGGGGAGUAUUUGGGCUAGUUUAGUAGGUUUUGUUCUCUUGGCCGGAUUGGUGGGAUUAAGUUGGUUGGAAAUGAAGUUGAGUUGGAACGAUUUUGGGCUGGGAGAGGUAGGGUAUGGGUUGUUGGGGGUGAGUUGGAUUGGUGUCUUGCUGGUGGGAGUGCCUUAUGGGUACCAAGCCUGGGGAUGCUCGGGAAGUUUGCCGGCCUUUGUGCUGGUGCGAAUUAGGUGGCAUUUAUUGGUCUUUGGUGUGGUAUUGGGUUGUCCAGGGGAGUUUGGACAGCGGGGAGUCUUGAUUGUGGCUGUGGGAAGUUGGGUGGUUUUGGGUGGAUGCAUUCAAGGAAUUAUUGGUGUGACGCGGGUGAGUUUGUUCCGGACUUUGAAUACGGGGCAUAAUUUGGAAGUGUUGCAGCUGGAGAAGUACUUGUUGUAUGGAACGGGUGAAAUAAGUAGGAUGGAGUUGGCUCGGGAAAUUGGACUGGAGAGGUUCUAUGCCCGGGGGAUGCCUAAGCCUUUGCCGCUGGCUAGUUUGUUCCGGAAAUGGUGCCGUACGGAGCAAACAACUGGAAGUGUUUAUACGGAGUACGGGUACGACCUAGGAGAAAGUAUGCGGAUUCCUAAUCGACCGCGUUUAACUCCGGAUCAGGAUGCUGAGGAGGUUGAAGGGGCUAUUUCGGUGGCCUCUUUGUUGGGGGAGUUUGACGACCGGGAUGCAAAUGCUUUGUUUGCGCUGAUUUCCUACGGGGAAAGGAGUCGGAUUAGGUACUCGACCUUUAUGGAGACUUUCCGGCAAAUUUCCUUGGAGCGCACCAAUCUGUACUAUGCCAUUAAGGACUGUAAACGGUUGCUGCGGCACUUUAAGCGGUUUUUGGCGGUGUUUGAAGUUGUGCUGGUCUUUUGGGUCUUCAGUAUUGCUUUAGGCAUGCGGAACUUGUUCUUGCAUACGUUUGUUUCCUUUGUGCUGGUGCAUGCAGUUGUGCCUGGAAGUGUGAGUUUCUUGGAGAGUUUUGUCUUUCUCUUGGUGUCGCAUCCCUAUGAUAAUGGAGAUCGAGUCCUGGUGCAAGGCGUGAAUAUGCUGGUGAAGAAGGUCGGACUGUUCUCUACGUGUUUCUGUACGUGGUCGGGUGAGUACAUAGUGAUUCAGAACAAUGUAGUAAGUAAGUGCCCGAUUGUGAAUGUACGCCGGUCGAUUUCCCAGUACUGGGCCAUUGAAAUCCCAGUGAGUUUUGAGUGCGAUAAUGAAGCUAUUCUCAACCUGAAAAAACGGUUGCAGUGGUAUGUACAGGAAGAGAAAAUGCUAACUGGGCUGAUUUUUGCGCCAACUUCAAUUGAUGCAGGCAACUGUGUGCGCAUUCGAUUGCUAGUCCGGAAGAACUCUAACUUUCAAAAUGGCUUCUUUACUCUCACUAACUUUACUAAAUGUCUGGCCUGUAUCAUUCGCAUAGUUACAGAAGAAGGUCUUUACUACAAGCCGCCUAUUGCCCGUACUCGAGUACCCGACCAGUUCCUUGAUGAAAUCUACCACAGUAACCAAGCUCUUUUCAAUGAACUAGCAGCCAAGUCAUAA